UAACUACCACAAUACGUAGCACCUCGGCUGACACGUCGGUGUCACCAUACCACGUGUUGGUACUCAGAAAAUAUAUCCCCACAACUACCCCCUAGGUUCUAUUACCUCGGCACUGAGGUGAGGGAACCUAUAUCGAUAUUCCUUUCUGCAUAUUUGGCUCAACAAACUGUUUAGCCGAGAUUAUUCAUUUCAAGCCGACGUGUUCUCUUCGGAGAACAAGAAUUCAAAUGAAUCCCUUCAUGCGUAUGAGCUGUCAUACAUCAAUUUUCAACCGUUUUACUCACGCGUUAUAUCCUUAUUGGCCCGUGUCCGUGACGCGCCUGUAAGCCGUCUUACCUCCGUCUGCACCGUCUGACGCACGCGUUCCUCCAAGCGUAAUAAAUACCCUGUUUUGCCGCCGUUUCAAGUUUUUAAUAAAACCUUUCUUUCUGUCUUCUCUCCUUUACUUUAUGCAUUUGAAUUUCUGGCUCUCUCUCUCUAAACUUUCUCAAAUCCACUAUUGUUCUAACUCCAAGCUCUACAACCGUCUUCAUUCCUCCAUUUCAGUGAAGCGUUCGCCGCUCUGUUGUGUCUGCAAUCGUUGCCCUACCUCGGCGACUUUCAUUCCAGCUCCAUUUGUUCUGGUAAGAUUUCGUUCCUCUUAUUCCCAAUUUCUUCUAUGCGCUUUCGUUUACUUGCUGCCAUUUUUGUUUUGUUCAAACCUUGGAUUGUUCAUCUGGAUGUGUUUGUUCCAUGAUUUUGCUCAUAUCUUGAACACUUGCACUAUUUCAACACUUUUCUUGCCACUGUUCUUGACUUGUUUACUUCUGUAUUUCUUUCCCUUUUGAGAACCAUACCUCUAUUCGUUGAUUCUGAAACGUCAUUCUGUGUUUCUUGUUUUCUGUUUUUUCUUUCCAGAUCUCUAUCUUUAAUUCUUGCUUUUCAAUCUUUGCCUUCAUAGUUUUAGGUUUGGGAUUUGUCUAUAGAACCUUUAAUUUUUAGGGAAAACUGAAACAAACCUUAUCAGUCCUUACCUAGGGCUUUGCCGAGGUUCCAAUAACCCUUUAAGAGCGCCUUCUUUCUGAAACCUAGCCUUCUGAACUUAGGCCGACGUUAUGGGUAUGUGGAGACAUAGGGUAAACACCCCAACCAAACUCGAAUACUAAAGGCAGGAGUUUUCCAUCCCUACCGAUGUUCACCUCAGGCUAGCUGGGGAUGACGAUUCCAUCAUGCCCACAGAUCAUAUGAUGCCCUUUCCUAUUGUAGCCUUUACUGAAUGUGGACUUCGGCUUCCACUUAAUCCCUUUUUUCGCGAAGUUCUCCACUACUAUAGGUUGAACCCUAUGCACCUUGCCAUAAACUCUUAUCGAGUGAUUUUUGGUAUCAUCGCCUUAGCUAGACAAGAAAAUAUUAGAAUCACCCUUGUCGAUAUACAAUAUUGUUAUACCAUGUGUCCACUUAACCUGAAGGAAAAAGGUUACGUCUACUACCUCAAGCCAAGGUCCACCGAGUUCAAAAUUGUAGCCGACCUCCCAGACUCCAACAAGGGAGCCGGGGAUGACUUUGUUAUUGCUUCGGGAAGUUGGGAAUUUGGCCCAGACGAAGAUGUUCACCUCUACCCUCUUCUUCGAACAGUUAAAGAGGGCAAGGGUAAGAGCCCAGCGUCAAUACCUAGUUGUUUCUUUUCAAGUCUUCAAAACUUUGUCUGUUUCUAAUGUCUGUUUGUUUGUCCUGCAGAUCUUCAUCAGCCACCAAAAAACUUUCGUCAGUCAUACUUCCCAGGCAAAGACCUGAAAAAGCUCCUAGAUCUUCCCAUCCAGAGGCACAAGGCUCCACUGGUGCUGAACUUUAUUCCAACGUACAAAUCAACUUUGCCCGACGUGCCAAAAAGAAAGAAGAAGAGCCUAUCUCCUCCCUCUGCUACUACUCUUCAAACAGCAUCAGCAUCUCAGGCUGACCAAGGGUCAACCUCUGAUCCAGCCGGCCAACCAUCAACUUCUGCCCCAUACCUAAUCCCAAUACCAGAAAGAAAACGUCGAUGAAGACUCGUAAAAACUGCCGAGAUGGUUCUGCCAAAGCUGUCGCCCAAGAUCUCCUAGCCGAUCUUCCAACCGAUGUCGAUGCUGUUCCGACACAACCUACGCCCCCACUGAAGCCAAGAAAAAUCAAGAAGGCCCAGCCUAAGACCAAGGCUACUGAGGUUGAGGCUGACGAUGCUUUACCCAUCUCCAAGCUGGCUGAAAGCAGCAAAUCUCAACCUUUCGCUGGGAAGAGGCGUGCAGAAUCCCAGCCAUUAGAAUCAACUCAGACGACGACCUCGGGGUCCAAAAAAUCUGAUGUUCCUUGGGCUCCCCAGAUUACUCUGGAAGAUAGGCCCAUAAUGACCAAUGAAAGCGCCGAUGACAUGAAUGUCGGCGUUGCCCUUUCUACGGCGCUGCUCCUUUCUGGUGAUUUGGAGCGGAAUGCCGGGUAUAGUGAAUAUGAGAACUAUGCCCUAAUGCUCCAGCACUCUGUUCAAGCCAUCCAGCAUACCCACUCAUUUUCAAUGCAAUCUUUCCAGAAUCGAGAAAAGCUGGUCGACCUGAGGAGGGAGGUUUCUUCCCUCAAAAAGGAGAAUAAAUCUCUUGAAUUAAAGAUGAAAAAAUUGGAGGAUCAGGCCAAGGCUGCCACCAAAGCCCAAACCUUAGCCGAGGAAAAGGCUGAAUCUGCUGAGGCCAUCAAGACAGUUGCUGAAUCCCAAAAGAAAGAG